AUGGGUUAUGGAAAACCUGAAAAAUUCGGCCCUGAACGUGAAUGCUCUGAUCAAACGGAUUUGUGUUUAGCCUGGUCAGAUGAUAUUUCACUUACACUAUGUUUUAUUGUUAGUUUGACUUAUUAUGGAGGUUAUUCAAGAGAACAUCUAGCUCAACAAUAUAUGAAUUGGUGGAUGAAUGGUUUCAUGUCGCCAACGGGUGUCUGUUUCACUCCACAUGUGCAUAUUAAACAGACUAUUGAACAAAUGAGUAUUGUUCAAGCUGCUGACUCUAUCGGAGUGAUCACUGAUGAGAAAAGUUAUACAGCUCCUCCACCACCUCCAGCGGCUGCUCUUCUUCGCAUUUCACCCAUUGCCUACUUCUAUGCGAAUCAUUUACCUUCAAUCCGUCUUCAAGUAAUUACCAACUGCAUUCGAGCAAUGUUUGGUCAAGAGAUAUCUAUAGAAAUCUUUGUCGUCUAUAUUGAACUACUUGUCAGCGCUCUUAACGGCCAAGCAAAAGAGGAAAUACUCCAGUCAAUUCAUAUUCCAAUAGGUCAAUGUGAUCCUAUGAGUACUGCCUUGAUUAAAUUGAUCGAUGUUCUUCAAAACGAUAACAAUGAUAUUAAACAGGGUGUCCAACAAGCGCUCACUUUCAAUCAAUCGGCAGAACAAGAAUGCAAAUGGCUCAAUCCUUAUGAUUCAAAUCAGACACUUAUUGUUACACUCUAUCUUCAAGUCGGUGGUGCACUAUAUUAUAAAACGAUUCCUUCCGAAUGGUUCACUCGUGUAUAUGCAAAAGAAACUUUAACUGCGUUAGUAAAAUGGCUCGACUAUGAACGUCAGUCGAAACAAGUCGAGGAAAAAAACUCAUCGUAA